GAAAAGAAAAACAUCCUGUUCUCUUUAAUCCCUCUGCAAUGUCACAUAAACAUUAAGAACACUGCAGAUUAAAGGAUGUUGGAUUAACAGGAAGAGAAAUAAGAUAAAUCUCCUUAACCUGCACAUUUACCUGAAUAUUUACAUUCUUGUACUCAGUACAUGCAGGUCUCCAUAGAUCAUAUUACACAGGGAUUGUCAUUCAUCUUUAUAGUUUCGGCUUUUAUAUCUUUUCAUCAUGUGUUAUCACAACGUAAACAAAAGUAAAUCAUGAGGAAAGCAAUGCAUCUCUGAACUGGGUCAUGAUUUACAUUUUUUGAUGACUCAUUAAUUUGUCAAAAAUAAAUAAUUCUUAUCAACUGCAAAAAUCAUCUAGAUCCAUGUAGCUGGCGGAGGCAUUUUGGUAUGUGUUUUUGCAGACUGUAUUUGCAUAUAAACCACCUAAUGCUCAACAGACCGUUUGAUCCAGUGGGAAAAGAUAAAUCAUAAACAACAUAAGGACUAAUACAGCGGCAGUUCUGGCAUCUUCUGUUUUUAUGCAGAUAAGCCUUCAUUUAGAAACAUGUUUAUUCUCACUGUUAUCCAGAAAAAGAUUAUAGCUCUCUUUAUCCUUACAACUAGCUAGAAGACACUUGACGUUUUUGGAGCUAUUCAUAAUUUUAUCCAUCUUUCAAUAAAAACCCCGUUCCAUCCUAAGAAUGGUUGACCCAUGAGCAUAAUGCAACCACCACCAUGUUUCACUUUGACCCAAAUACACAUGUUCACUCGCACCUGGAAGUAUAACUCAGGUAGCGCAAACUACAGGCAAACAAACACAGUUAUAAUGGUGGCGUUAGCGAAAACACCUCUAAUAGUAGAGCUAAUGGUAAAAAGUAGUGAUAAUGGUACCUUAUAUUAUUUGUUGCUGAUAAGGCAAAAAUGGUGAGACAUUUUUUUGCCUUAUCAGCCGACUUUAAGACAAAUAAGAUCGACAGAAAAUACAUCAGCUACAUUGUUUACAGGAAACAACAGAGAUUAUUGCAUACUUUCAAUAAACAUUUACAUAUUAAAAGUUUACAAUUACCGGGUGCUCAACCCCGCCCUUCCUUCUUUGCCUCUCCAAUGCCGCCCUGGGCGACUGCCAUCAAAAGUUCUGGAGCGUGUAAAAGCACCGAUGGUUUUUUUCAGAAAUGUUUGGGGCAACAGGGUUACUGGGAGACAUACAGUCCCUGUUGGAGUUAAUUAAAGCUGCAGCUUGAGAUCACAUUUAGACGACUUGGAUCGUGCCAACAGCAAUAGAGAGAGGGGCGUGUGUGCUCCUGGCCUGGAGGCACAUUAAUCGGUCUGCUGGCGGAGCGGAGGACGGGAAAAACGCAGCGUUGCGGAGGGAGGGACGGAGGGAGAGAGAGAGAGAGAGAGAGACAGGGGAGGAGGAACUACUAGUGGAAAAAAAAAAAGUUAAAGUGAAAAUGGCUUCCUUGUCUUUAGAGUCUACAGAACAAUCUGAGAACAGCCCAGAGGAGCCAUCAGCAGCCGAGUCCAAAGAAGACAAAGAAACCGCCCGAGUUUCGGAACAUCUGCUCCAAAGUUUCCAGAAGUCGGCUCUGAGUUUCUCCACUGACCAGGUUUCGUGUCUGUGCGAGGCCCUGCUGCAAGCGGGUAAUGUGGAUCGCCUGUGGAGGUUUCUCUCCACCAUACCUCCUUCGUCCGAGCUGCUACGUGGCAACGAGACUUUGCUGAAGGCCCAGGCGCUGGUGGCUUUCCACCGGGAGGAGUUCAAGGAGCUGUACGCCAUCCUGGAGAGCUAUGACUUCCACCCGUCUAACCAUGGGUUCCUGCAGGACCUGUACCUCAAAGCCCGCUACAAGGAGGCGGAGAGGUCCCGGGGCCGCAGCCUGGGCGCCGUGGACAAGUACCGGCUCAGGAAGAAGUUCCCCCUGCCCAAAACCAUCUGGGACGGGGAAGAGACCGUGUACUGCUUCAAGGAAAAGUCCCGGAACGCUCUGAAGGAAUGCUACAAGAGCAACAGGUAUCCCACUCCGGACGAGAAGAAAAACCUGGCCAAAGUCACCGGACUGUCCCUCACACAGGUCAGCAACUGGUUCAAGAACCGCAGGCAGAGGGACAGGACCCCGUCCGGGACACACAGCAAAAGUGAGUCUGAUGGGAACCACAGCACUGAAGACGAGGCGAGCGUCAUGGACGAAGCGGCGGACAAACCUGAGGAGCCCGUUGGCUCCGGGGCUUCCAUCAUCUCCGUCUCAGCUGUCCCCUGCAGCGCUGGGAGCCAGCUCAUCCUCAACAGCCCCAGCGGCUUCCUCACGGCGCCGCAGCCUUUGCUGCUGAACGGAAACUCCCUGAUCUCCGGCGCCGGGGCCGGCGUCAUCAUCAACGGCCUGAGUCUGGGUGACUGCCAGACGGUCACGCUGAGUCCUGUCACCACCAGCUCUCCUUUGAUCCUGAACGGGGCUCAGGUCAUAGCCAAACCCGGGGUCGGCGCAGAGCAGCAGCAGGCGGCGGAGCCCAAGGUGGCGGCAGUUCUGAGCAGCAACAUGCAAUCUUCCGAGGCCUCAGCCAUCGUCUCUCCUCCACUGCAAACCAAAGCAAAAAGCGGCAACAACAUGGAUUUUCUCGUCCGCUGUGAAUCGGAAGGAGGCUGCCAGACGGUAUCCUCGUCCUCCUCGUCUUUAUCGCCCUCCCCGCCAGCUCUGUCGUCUCCCACCAGUCUUCCAUCUCUAGUCUUAACUCAGAACCUGCAACAUCAAGAGCCACUCUCCCUCACAGCGCCUCUGUCUUCUGCAGGCGUAGUUAUUUCUAACUCUCUAGGUCAGCAGGGGGCUUCUCCCUCGUCAGUUUCUUCCAUCCACUCCACCCCUCAUGUCAUCUCUUUGCCCCAAGUUGUGCCUUCCAUCCACUGUGCACCAGUCUCCCAUCUGGUCCAGACGUCUUUAGGAUCUCAGUGCCCUCAGCUCGUCCCAGUAUCCCCACUCGCCUCUCCGGCUCCACCGUUCCAAAACCCUCAGACUCAAAACCCGGCUGGCAGACCACCGGAGCAGCAGAAAGAGCCCCCAACAACUGUAUCUGAAUCUGCUGCGACUGUGGUUUCGGUCUCAGAGCUCAACAACACUACCCUCCAGCAAAUAAACUCCACUCCCAGCAAAAUCCAGACUCCGCAGGCUCUCUCCAUGUCUUCCCCAACUCCAGUAGUGCCGGUGUCACAAGCCAAAGGCAGCAGCGCCUCUGCACAGUUAGUCUCUCUCUCCCUGCCUCAGCUGGUCCCCGUCUCCUCCAUCCAGACCUCCUCCAACGUCUCUUUCCCUCAGGUGGUGCCGGCCAGCCCAGCUCUCUCCAUCCCCUCGGCCGGAUUGCCCUUGCAGAUCCUGGCUUCGGCUCCCGGGUCCGGAGGGGCUCCGCAGACCCCGCUCCGGAUAAACCCGCUGAGUCCGAUUCAGAGAGUGGGGAACCCGAGCAGCGUGGCCCCCACCGUGCAGCUCCUGAACCCUGGGAUCAUUCAGCUACCUACGUCUCCAACAGGGAACCUCGUUCUUGGUGGAAGUCCUUAUCUGAGUGUCCAGCAGGGGAAGCUGAUUCUGACCAUCCCAGCAGGGAUCCAGCUCACCAGUUUACCCCUGAAACCAGUCCCCGACACACCUGCCAUCUCUGCCAAUGGCGUGGCGGGGCUUCUCGGCCCCUCUGCGCCUCCCGCGGCCCACCCGCCUCCGUCCGCCUCCGGCUCGACCGCCGCCGGCCCGGCAGCUUCGCCCUUGAACUUCAUCAGCUCCUCCCCUCUGUACUGUGCUCCGGACUCCGCCGUCGCCACCAGCCAGGCGCUCGCCGACCAGCCCGUCACCAUGAUGACCCAGAGCACGCUCACUCCGGAGAGCAUGCUGGCCCUGGGCCCCAUGUACAGCGGCGUGGCGCCGAGCCUCCAGCUGUCCCAGCCGGCGUGGAGCCCCGUGUCGCUCUCCACCUCGGCCAGCCUGACUCUGUUUGACAUGCGGGGGAAAGGCGAGCUGCCCGUAGACCCCGCCCUGCUCGGCCUGCCCGGCGGGGAGUCGCUCCUGCUGGGGAGCCCCUCGCCGGGGCAGGACGAGGACGCCAGGUCUCCCCUGGGGGACCCAGAGGAGAUGGACGCGGACCCCAAGAUCCUCACUCAGCUCCAGUCGGUCCCCGUGGAUGAAGACCUGGGUUUGUAGCCUCUUAAAACUGCACGCUGGCGACAAUGAUCUCUGAAAAACUUUAGUUGCUCCUCAUGACCCGACAUGUUACCUUCACACUCUUUAAACAUAUUAAUUAGGUAUUUAAACGUUUUAAAACCUUCACAGUCCUGAUUGGCACUUUUGAGAGAAGUUUUUGCAGUUUUGUUUCUCUGUGUUUGGCAGCUCCAGUCAGAACCUUGCAUACGCUUUUCAUGGAAAUCAAUAUCGCGCUGGUUUUGGGCAUUUAAAGAUUUAUUCGUAGCGCAUUAAUGUUACAUAAUGCAUAUUAAUCUCAUUACCUACUUUGACCUACAAGCGUCAAUACAGAAAAGUGAAUGGAUCCACUUUAAAUAAAUAUAAAUAUAGAAAUUUUUUUUUCCUACUAGCAUAUUUGUUCUAAAAGCUUAAGAUGGAUAUAAAAUAAUGUUUUUUUUAAACCAUAAAAUGAAUUCUUGAUUCCAGACAUAAAACCUGAUUAUCUCCUCUUUUUUUUAAAAGGGUUUAGUUUUAGACAAAUGUUCUUUUUAAUGAGGCUGAAAGUGAGAAUUUGUACUUGGAGAGUAAAUGAUCCUCAGCCCUAAGACGAGCAGUUAACAGCUGGAUCUGCAACAAACCCAAACACACGGAAACUGAGGUUAGAAGUACAAAACGGGCCAACGUUUGGCUUCAGGAAUGCCCUGACCUCAACUAUGCUCAAAAUUUGUGGAAUAUUCACAAAGACUCGGCCAGAUCCAGAGAAAAACCACUUAAAUGUGGCUCACCAGGAAGGUUUGUCAAGCAUCCACAAAUACCUCCUCACCCGGUUUUAUUCUCUAUUCAAAGCUCUCCUGCAGUCAGAAAAAUAAUCAAUGAGUCAGAUACAUCUUUAGAUUUAAAAAAAAUUAGAAAAUAAAUGACGUCGACAUCCAUGAUGAGUGUAUGUAAACGCGUGUCUAGAAAGGCUUCAUUUUGAGGGAAGAUUUUAAAGGGAAUUUUCUGCCGUUUUCAGCCACAUUUAAAAAAUAAAAAAAAUCUUACUUGAGAGAGGAGCUAACUUUUUGACAUUUUGAGGAAUUUCAACAGUACAUUUUCCUGGAGGUUUUCCUCGAGGUGCCACCAAAAGAGAGAAGAUCUGGUAAAGUGAAAACACUUGUACAUUUUGCAGCGAGAGCUUCUGGACUUUGACUCUUCUUACGCUACCAACACUCCAAAAUAAAGAGCAUAAAUUCUUUUAUGCUCUUUAUUUUGCCUAUUAGUUGCAAGGGAAACACAACAGUAUUUUACAGAUAUGAACCAGUUACUGAAGUCUGGCUAACCAGGCAGAUGUGUUGCAUUUAAUGUAAAGGAUUUUUUUUUUUUUUUUUUUUCAGUUUUUGAAUUGUGUGAUUGAAAUUAUAAUAAUAAUGAAUAAUGAUAAUAAUGAUACAGGAGUUAAAAGGGUUUUAAGAAAAGGUUAUAACUCUAUGCAAUGCUAUAUAUGUGUAGCUCUAUAUAGGACACUACGUCGCACAACACUUGGGAGACGAAAUGAAGCGUUGACGUGCGUUACACUAAAGCGUUUUGCUCUGAUUGUGAUGUUUCUCAUCAAAUGCAGCCAAAGCUUCAGCACAAUGAUGCUGAUAAGUGCCUUAUUUUAAACCGAUUUAUUUUUUUUUUUAAUGUUUUGUGUUUGUCCCACCGUUUUGUAUGACUUGUAUGUUGUUGACCUGAUUUUUGGACUUUAAAGAACGCCCACAUUUCUACGUCAGUUUGACCCUCUGUGAAUUGCUGUGAUACUUUAUUUGCAUGGUCGUUGCUCCAUCUCAUCUUUUUUUAUUUUAUUUUAUUUUUUUUAAGUCAUAUAUUUUGCACAUUUCAUUCGCAUUAUGUUUACGUUAACGCUCCCGUUGUGUCGCGAUCGCGGUGGGACUCGUUUGUUCGGGACGCUCCAGGUCCUUUGGAUUUAAACGCUAAACCCAAACAGGCCGUCUGGCUGCGGGCCGCAGCGCAGGCAGCCCUCAAGCUUUUUGUUCAUUUAUGGUACAUAAAUGUACACUGGAUGUCAGAAGUGGACACACCCCUGUUAAAAUGGCAGGUUUUCGUGAGUUAAAGCUGCAGAAUGUAACUUUUUAUUUUAAAAAAUAUGUUUGUGUUUUUUUUCUUUUUAGGAUAUUUGUUAAAAUUGUCACUAUCUCAACAGAUGAUGAGACAGAAAUUCCUUGGAAAAAAAUCAAGCUACUCCACCUCGUCCCAUUGGUGAAACGUUUAAGAUUUAGUUUCCAAACUUCAGUUUUCCUCUCAUGAGGUAAUUCUGGCAUGUUGCUGAAAAAUAAAAAUCCAUCUUCAGAUUUCCAGCAGACAUUUGGAGGUUUUGGAUUGAAACUGAGUGAUAUUCACACCGUUACAAACUGGGAAACCAAACCCAGAUCAACAUAUCACUGUGGUUUUUUUCAAUAUUUUCUCUUUUUGUUUCUUUCUUUGGUGAUUGAUGGUGCUUUUGUCUGAUUUUAUCAGCUCAUAACAUACAAUCACAAGGCCUUCGACGACUUUAAGGCGUUCCUUAAAAUGUUUUCUCUGGAAGAAUUUAACUUGGCUCAUCAAACCUACACCCUUAAUCAUCUGAUCCCUCUGCAAACUGAGGCUUUAACUGAGGGAUUAAAGUGAGCAGACGUGAGGAAUAUUUUCUAAAAAGAUGCCUGAACCUAAUUCAGGACAAUCAAAUUAUUAUAUUAGCUUAUGGAUGUGCCACUAAAUUUGUCUAAUCUUCUCCUAACAAACUUGUUUUGUUGUUGUUUUUUUCAGCUGAAUUGUAAGGCAGCUCAUAAAGAAGUGGAAGUUGUUUAUUAUGCCAAUUAUUUCUUUCUCCAGCUCUUUAACAGGGGGCUUCGCUUUUGAAAUCCAGUGUCGACUUCAGUAUUGCCUCCAGUUACAGCAAUGACCUGCGUUUGUGACUUUUAUAUUUUCCUCUGAUUGGUAUGUUUUGUACAUUUAACCUAUUUAAUUGCAUGUGCCAGUCGGUUCCUAGCUUAAAGUUAAGACUCGUGAAAACGGUGCAUAUAGGAAAUCUCGGGUGACUUUGCGUAAGCUCCGGGGUUUUUAAACUCUAGUUUAUCCCGCUGUUGAACUUUGAACGACGGAAACGGGGCUGUUUUUAUUUUAAAUAUACCAAAGCAUGCUUGUUUUUCUUUUGUUUGUAGCCUUGAGUUUUUUAUUGUUACCAGUCACUUAACCUACACAACUCUUGAUUUAACCAAAGAUUGUGUGUUGGUCUUUUUUAUGUUUUUUUU